AUACAUACAUAUCAAUAUCCAUUCAAACUUUCUUCAAUAUGCAAUCUACUGUUUCAACUUCGGUGCCCAUGCAGCCCUAUGCAGGCCAGAGCUUAAUCAUUGGAAAUUUCCCGGUGCCCACCAAAGUUGAAUCCAAAAGUCCCGCCCUGUCCGGCCCAACACCUUCGAAACAACCCAAGCUAAUAGACAUGAACAUGACUGAGCAAUUAGGGACAAAACCAAAACAGCGUCCCUCCUACUUUGAGCGCUCGUCCAUUGCCAAGAGGAUACUUAAAUACUGCAACAUAGAGGAGUGCUCCGAUUUUUCGAAAGAUGAGGCUGUGGAGCUCUUACUGCCAGGACUGGAGACCUACAUGAAGUAUGUGGUAGAUAGAGUUAUAGAACUGUGCGACCACCGAUCCGGCUAUCAUCUGGCCAAUGAUAAGCGAGUUAAGGUGGAACAGGAUAUGCGCACCACAAUGAUGUUCCUUAAUGAUUUGGAGAUGGGGGACUCUGCAUCUUCAGAUGGCGACGGCAACUAUAAUCGCCGACGUCGUUGGGCAAGCAGCAUUCGCUCUCGCCUUAUGGCUCCCCAGCCGGGUAUGGAGACGGCCAAUACGACCGCGAUGAUGGCCUUGGGUCCACGCAAGCCCAAUUCUUCAGACAGUCCUGGUCGAAACGAAAUUCCCGUGGCCCCCGUCCCGGUACAGCGGCAGCAGCGACCACAACAGCAGCACCAGCAUCAGCAGCAACAACAACAACAACGGCAAAUCCAAGUUUCGAACUACAAACGGAUCAAUAUUAGGGAUGUGUUUGCGUUUAUGUCGGGGGAGAAACGCUACAACAGCUCGAAUAUGUUUUUCGAUGCCUAUUUAAAGUACAAACACUAGCUACCUUCCAUACUGCACAUUCAAUUUAAUCUUCUAGGGCCUACACGAAGAUCUUGAAACUGCAAGCGAACCAUUUAUAAAAACUCGCACGACACGCGUGUUCUGAUUUCGAAUUGUGGUUCAAUGAACUUCCUUUUUGACGAAAAAUAAAAA